AGACGGCGAGAGUUGUGGCGUGAAGGUGUAAAGAUCGGAUUUGACUCAGACAAGAUCGGACUCGCUUCCUAAAAAAAAGUUAGUAUCUAAAUAAGGCUAUGAUGGAAACCUUAUUACCAUGGAUCAAAAGUGAGAUUCCCCGACAUCUCUGAUACACCGUUUGGCGAGACAUAAUGUAAAGAUGGCAGCUGUCAGAGCAAAGUCAUUUCUUCGCCAAGGAAGUCUCAUUAGGAGCAAAUCUGAGGGGACGUUGAUUGAUCUAGACGACACUGGAACGGUGAACAUCAACAAUUUAAAUGGGAGUAGUUACAUAAUAAAUCAAGUGACAAAACAUUCUGAGUGGCCUGUGUUGCAGCCGGAGGUCAAACAUGGAAGUCAAACCACAAAUCCAUUCUGGAACAAACUGUCUAUAUCCAAUCCGUUUUUGGAUGACAUUUUACACACAAACAAUGACAAAACGUUAACGAACGCUGAUCUAUCAAUACAGAAAGAUGAACUUUCGACUCUGUUUGACAGUGAGAACUUUGACGCCAGUAGCACAUCUUCGGACGAAACAAACUUCGUCCAUUUUGCGGAUACCAAGCGAAAGAGCAUAAGACAAUCAGGGAGAUGGAAGAGUGCCUCGGAUAUUCUCGACGACCUGGAGAGAAAGGAACCGAAAAGGCAAAACAGCCUCAAAUUGUCAGCAGGCCCAUUUCUGAAUGCAGAUUUUGAGUGGUUGAAAAAUGACCGGGAGGCUUACAAAAUGGCCUGGUUAAGUCACAGGCAGCUAGCGAGGUCAUGUCUUGACCUAGGCCUAAUGAGUCAGAGUCCUGGAUGGGCCCAGACCCAAGCCACCAACUCUCAGAUAGUCUGCAAGAUAGGUCACAGCGGAGGGUCACUACAGUUACCAGACUCGGAUAUUACCGUCCAUAUCCCAGAGGGCCUUGUUCCUGCUGGGGAGGUUCAGGAGGUUGCACUGAAAGCCAUCCUGGAGCCCCCUCACGGGCUGAACAACAACUACAUGACAACCGUGAGUCCGCUCCUGGAGGUGAGUCUCAGCAACACGAGCGGAAAGGAAUCCAUCUCGCUGGAAAUGAAAAUGGUCGCGGAGGUCAAGAAGGAUCCGAUAAGUCAGGUCAUGACCACAUUUGUUGGCCUAGUGUCCAACAAGAGAGAGGGACCUUAUCAGAAAGUCAAGGACUGUUACAUUUACAAGAACAUCAUGCAGAUGAAUCUUCAAGACUUAAAGUCUAAUUUCUAUGUUAUUGUAGCCGCAGAGGCCUCGGUUAUCCAGCCCCCUGCUACAUCCGUUUGGGAUUACCUGGAUCGUCAAGUUACCGUCGCCGUUUAUGGCCCAAAGUAUAUCCAUCCGUCUUUCAAAGUGGUCGUGGUCGUCUCUUGCCACGAUAAUGUUCCACCGAGGCUUCCGUUCUCAGAUAUCCACAGAGGCAGCAGAAACUUGCCCCCUCUGGUGCUACAGCUCUGGGAGAAGCACCAGUUUAGCCCAGAGAGACUGAAUGACCUACACAUCUCGACUUCCGUCAUAGCGUCAAAGUUCGAAGUCAAAGCCCAGGAUAAAAGGAAAGAGGUGAGACAAGGGCUACUCAAACUGGGUAAAGUCAUUCACCUGCCUCUUGAGCUGGCCAAGAUGGGCAAUGGGGAGAUGGAUUCCUUUAAACUACACCUCCAGGUGAGGGAUUCAAACAGUGUCACUGUAGCAGAGUUCCAGGUGUCUUCCCCUGCAGCGGCACCUAUUCGCUCUGAAAAGCGAGGUCCCAUGCGAAACAAAAUUUGUCAAUCGCUAGCUAUACCGGAGGAAUCCGUCCCAGAGUUCCCCAAAUUCGGGACCAGACCUGUGAAGGUGCAGUGUUACGGGGUGGCACUGAAGUCAGUGCUCCGUCAACCGCGAGUGGAGUACCUCCUGGAGUACUUCAAGGGCGACACCGUGGCUCUCCUCUCCAGAGAGACCGUGAGGUCGGUGGGCCAGUCCAAAGUCAAGGAGUGGUACAUCGGCUUCCUCCGAGGCAGGACCGGCCUGGUCCAUUGCAAGAACGUCAAACUCAUCACCCGAGACCAAGUGAUUGACUUCAACGGCACUGACUUCACCACCGAGACCCUCUUGGACAACAUGGCACUGCCGUUCAAGAAGCUCACCUACAUCUACUCAGACAUCCAGACACUGGUGACCGAACACAUCCCCAGCUGGAGGGGCUUCGCUGAUGCCCUGGGCUACUCGAGCUUGUCGCUCAACGCUAUCACACGGAGACAUGCUGAAACAGAGGCUGAGAAGGUGGCCUGCGUGCUGGAGAAACUGAAGGAGGACUGCCACACCGAGAACAGCAAGAAGAAGUUCCAGCACAAGCUCAUGAUCGGUCUGUUGAAGAUGGACUCUCAGGCUCUAGUGGCCCAUCUGAUCCAGAACAUGGUCAUCCUGUCCACGGCGGUGGAGCUGGGUAUCAGGUGGAGGGAGCUCGCUGAGAGGCUGGGGAAACUCUCCAGUGCUCAGAUCGCUGCUUACGAGGCACCUCACCGGGGGAAGAGUGGAGAAGUUAGCGCUGUGUCUAUGUGGAAACCUGCCUAUGACUUCCUGUACUCAUGGAGCCAGCUGUACGGGGAGGGCUUCCAGGACAUGAUCCAGGACCUCCACCUGGCCCUGGACAAGAUGAAGAGCCCAAUCACCAGACAGUGGAGGCAGCUGACCGGGGCGCUAAUCGCAGUCAACUGUCUGGAGAUCCUCAGGGUCUCGGCCUUCCCCAAACCAUAGAACCAUAGAACCAUAGAACCAUAGAACCCCACUGAGGAGAAGAAUGAGCACGCUGGAGCGCUCAAAUGGGUAAGAACUGUAGAACUGAGGCCACAGAGGCCCUUUGAUAAAGCUUACUGUGCAGUUCCCACUAUCUUUGAAUAUGGAGGUCCUUGUUACGAUGCAGAGGGUGAGGCGAAGAUGAAGUCAAUGUUUGUUCUUGUUCUUGUAUUGUGCCGUGUCUUUGCCCACUUGUCAGAGUUUCUUCUUAGAGUUCAGUUCAUGUCGUAAUUUUUCAUUGUGGCCAGAUACUUAAACUAUAUUGCUAGAUUUUGUUCAUACAAAGCCAGAACCAGUGUAUGGACGGAUUCUGUUACACAGGAUGCAAACGAACGUAUAUCUCAGCCAUAUUAACCAUAUCUGUCUUUACAUGAGUUUUUAUAAAGGAUUCGUUUUGAUAAUUUGUCUAACAGAUAUCUGCUUCCUUUGACAUCAUUUCUUAAGACAAAACAGCAGAAACUAUAUUGAGGUCUGUUACUUUGGGGUUUUCUGUUUGACACUAUGUGAUAGCCCUUGUUUUGAUUUGACAUUAAUAGUAAGGCAACAUACAGUAGAGUUAGCGCUUCCAGUUAGCGCUUCCAGUUGUCACACGGUUUUAUACCUUUAUUUUAUAUGUUACAAUGUUACAUGAAAUCCCCCUGGUUUUUCAUUAUAUUUGACAUUUAUUUUAGAGGCUGUAUUUACGCUAAUUUUGAUUGAGGUUGGAAGGGAUUACAUUUGUUUUAUCUGCCAAAUCCAGUCCUCACUAUUUAGAUUGAUACUUUUUAACUCAGUGUAUUAAGCCCAUCCAUUGGCACCUUUUUCAGUGCAUUUAGUGUUGUCUACUGGAAAAUAGCAUAAUAUGUUCAAAUAUAUUUUAAAUAUGUAAUAUAAUGUAAAACAACCUUUUUGUGAUUUAUCUGAAAUAUAAUAUUUCACAAUGAAGAUUUAUAACUGAAAUGAUGACCUGGUGUGUAUGACGUAUGAAUAAAUAUUACUUACAUUUUUGACAGACAAGUAAUAUAUAUCUAUUUUCAAUGAAUUGUCAACUAAAGUAGUUCAUUGAGAAGAAGACCCAUUAUUUAAGUUCAGGUUCAUCCCCAGGUUGUGAAUCACAUGUCUUAUAAGAGUAGCAGGGAUAGUGAGCAGUAAGGGUCUGUGUCUUGCAUUGUGGGUAGUGUAAUAAUGUGUCAUGCGGUUCACUUUGGUCUCUAGCAUGUCACAUCUGUUCAGUUAAAGAUAAAGGAGAAUAUUUGGCUUCCGUCAGGGACUGCAUUGACCCUAAUACUGACGUCUGUUCAUAGAGGGGGAUGAUUGAAACGAUUUGAUUUACCAAGGCAAUAACGCUUUAAUUACAUAGAUCACAUUCUCUGUACAGCCAGAUUGUAUCCACAGAGGAAACCCUUCAUUUAAAAGACCUGAAACUGAAAUUAAUCUGAAAUUCCCAGUCCUAACUCCCCAAUUUAUCAGCAAUGAAUCCUGUCCUUGAACCCUAUAUAUGAUUGAAUCCUGUCCUUGAACCCUAUAUAUGAAUGAAUCCUGUCCUUGAACCCUAUAUAUGAUUAAAUCCUGUCCUUGAACCCUA